UCUCCUUUAACUUUAACAAAUCUUUAAUGCGCAUGUGUCUUUAAUUGCUGCUGGGUUUAAAAUCUAUAGCACUGGAUCCAGCUGUUGAGAAAUAGGUCCAGAGCUUGGUCAUGUGGAUCAUAUAAACCUAACCAUAUAUCAUUCAGAGAAUGAGUGCUGAAUGAAGAGAAGAUGACCAGAAAAUGGGAAAUGACACUUUGAAGGAGAUAAGGAGAAACCCAGGUUUGAGGUUUCUACUGCAGAUGGCUCAAUGCAGAGCUUCUUUUCUCCGAUAGGAUACCUGGUUUAGUGCCAGAGAAGUAUUGGAGACCUGAGAUGGAGCACAAUAGGACACAGCUGUAAGCUGUGAUCUCUUCAAGAGGUUGCAAGCAUGAUCCUUCACAGUACAAGAUUCAUAGUUAUUCUCAGCCUGACUUUGUUUUGCAGUCUACAUGCUGCAUAUCUGUCUGGGGAUGGAAGAGAGCAAGCAUGGACACAGCCAAGCCCUGUUAAAAAGCACAAGCAAGUCUAUCCAGCUGGCAUCUUACCAUGGAGCAGGAAGACAUCAAAAGCCAAUACAGACACCACUACUCCAGCAGUCACACAGAGCUCUUGGUCAGCUACUCAUAAUGACAUUAGCCAUUCAUCACUAACCACUUUAUUAACAGCACUGGACUCAUCUCCCUAUCUCGACUCAGAGAUCCAGAACAAUGUAUUCAACGCUCCAGAGUAUACAACAUCGCCUGACCAAAGGAGAACUGAAAUGAGGCUAAGUGAUACUUGGGUAUUCGGGGAGUCUAUAGCUGUUGCUCAAAGAUCAGAUAAAACAGGGCUGAAACAGAAGCAAACAGACGCACUGACAACUCUACAGAACACCAGAGAAUUGAUGGAAGAGUUCUCUAGGAGGCCACCUCACGUUGGUACUAUUUCUCCCAAAGACUCUAUGCCCAGUCGGACAGACAGCUUGGACAAAGUGCAUGAAGGUCCAUACGAGAAAAAUGACAGUCUGGGUUCCUUGAAAGAAGAGACGUCCAGGCCGACUCCAGGAUUGACAGCACGCGCUCUUCUUCCAGGCGUGCUUUCACUUGAUGAAUGGAAUGAAGAUUUCGCUGAAUCCUCGUCCCAACCUGACUGCAAUAUCGACACCACAGGGGUCUGCAACUCCUCGAACCCUCUCUGGAGCCUUGGUCUCCCUGACAACCUUUCCAAUACCCUGACUCCUGCUUCCCCGAUGCUCCCUCCUCUGAAUAUGACCCCACCUCCUUCUAUAGUAACGACCCAACCUUUUUUGGUGCCAUUAUUUUCAGACUGGAAUGCUGCAAUGGCAACAUGGGGCCUGGCAUGGGAGCUCCAGGUAUACGGCCUGGGCUGUGUGUUCUCUCUAGUGGCCGUGUUGUCUGCGCUAAGCUUAUUGUGCCUCCCUCUGUGUCAGCCUUCUGGCUGUGCUAAUUUUACCCUUCUGCAUCUCCUCCAGCUGCUUAUUGGCUCGAGUCGGGCUUUCUGGCUCAUUUAUGACCCCUACGGGCAGAAAGAACGCCUUCCUGUGGCCUGGGCACGGGUCCUCCAUGAGGCGGGUUACCCAUGUUUAACUGGAGCCUUUGGCAUGCUACUUCUGCUGCUUUCUCCUCAGCUCCUCUCACAGAAUGCACUGCGGCGGAGUAUUUGCUGCCUGGCCGCACUCAUGCUGCUUCAUAUGGCCACAGUUAUGGGCACAGUGGGCAUAUUAUGGAUUUUCCCUUCCUUCCCUGUCAUUUCUUUGCUGCCCCCUGCAGCUUUUCUGGUUCUCUCAUGUCUCCUCUCAACUUCAUACCUGCUGCUUUACUGCUGUGCCCGCAUAGAAGCCAAGCACAUCUACAGGCUGAGGGAGAACUCCCCCGAUCGCCUUGCCUGCCAGGCCAGCCAAUGGCCCCUCAGUGAGGCAGGUGUGUGGGAGCGAGCAGCCGGAAUGGGACUGUUCUCAGCACUUUUCCUCCUGGCAUGUGCAGGACUCCGGCUCUUUGCCAUUCUGCAUGUGCUGGGACUGACUGGUAGCACGUUAGGGCUCACGCCCUGGCACUGGUGGGUCUUUCAGCUGAGCUGCAGAGUAUGUGAGGCAUGUGUUUGUCUCACUCUAGCUCUCAUCCUCACACAUCCUCUCCUCUGCUGCGGAGUAGCUCAUCCCAAACUAAAUCACUGGAGCUCAUGGUUCAACAGGUCGUCCACUAGAAACACGAUGAUCACCAAACCCCAAAUUCUGUCAAGUGGCUGGACCAAGAAGACUGGAGAAGCACUGCAUGAAAGCAUGUCACAGCAUGAGAGUGAAAGUGUGCCACUUUAUACCCUAGUAGAGCUGCCCAUCGGAGAACCAGAAGGCCUGGACCUUAACUAUCCCCGCAGCCCUCAGCUUGCCUCUGCUCAACUUCCUAAAAAUGGACUUUUGCUAUCUCAGCCUUCUUUUGUGAGCCUGGACUGUGAUUCAACAGUAGAUCUGAGGCCUCCAUCUCCAAUAGACUUAGGACGAAGCAUCGAUGAGGCUCUGAACAGCGAGGCUUUGUUCCAUCGAAGCUUGUUUAGCUCGUCCAGGCUGUCUCUCAGCACACGGGGACCUCCAGAUGGCCAGCCAUGCAGAGGAAUGCCUGCAGAACCACCCUGUACCGCACUGCAUCAUGUGGGGAUGUGGAUUUACCUUCUGCACCAUCACCACCUGUACUACGAAGCAGUGCAGCAUGGAAGGCCUCGAACUUCAGCUCCUUACGUGGAGGAACUAGAAGUCAUGGAGGUCAGGCAGCUUUUUAUACUGGCUUUGGCUCUGGGCGCCACAGUCAGAAGCAAUACCAGGCUCUGGGCUCACUUUCUUCCAGAGAGUCUUUGUAUGAUCAGCAACACAUUCGCACACAAGCUGACGAACUGGCUGUGCAAGCCGAAUUCAUGAACGUCUGCAGACAGAUAGAUGCACUGAGUGUCUGCAGUGACACCAUCGAACUGUAGGUUAAUGGGACACAUCAGGAUCAAGUGGAGUGGCUCUGAAGAUCAUCUAGAGCCUAUGUCAGUGCAUGAGACCUAAUCCUUUGAGGAAUCUGUUGGAGAUGGAACACUUAUCUACUUCAGUUUGUAUGAGCUAAAUAACUUAAAUCAAGUUUGCAGACUGUUUGGAAAAUGUCACUGCAGUGGUUUUGCUGCAUACCUUUAGGAAAAUGGGUGAAGAGAAAAUAUAAAAUCUGAGUUAGUCCUGGACACGUUACAGUUUUAUGGCACCAUAAAAUGUACGAGGAGAAAGGAAAUUGGUGGAGGGAUUUAAUUUCCAUAUUUCACAGAAUCUGGAUUUCUUGAUGAGAGGAAAAAAGCUUCUGUGCCUUUUUUCAGUUGUCUGUUUUCUUCAUUUUUCUGGAAGCAACAUUUCAAGCAAUUUAUUAUUCAGCACAGAAAAGAAAAGCUUUCUCUCUCUCUCUCUCUCCUUUAAAAAAAAAAAAAAAAAACAAUUUUUUCGAAGGCUGUAUGGGUUUUGCUCCAACAGUGUACCUUCCUAUUGCGUUGCACAUGCAAAUAUAAACAGCUAAUUUGCAACUUUACUGCACAAAUGGGAACGAAUCAGAAUACAUUUGUACAUACAGUAUAUAUUUUGGCAACAUUUAACUGUCAUUGAAUUAAAUACAGAAGGGCUUUUCCUCCAGCAGCAAUAUGUCUACAUUUAGCACUUUAUGUAUUUGUGGAAAAGAUGAGGCAUCACUGAGAGUGAAGUGUGCUCAGGUGUGGCUUUACUUGUCAUAAUUACUUGCAAGAAAAAGCUUUUCAAGUGAGUAUGUUCGUCAAGUUUGUAAUACUAAUAUAGCAGCACCGGUCAGUGCAUGUAUGGGUGGGAGAUAGUUUUUCAGGGUUUCAGGAAUUACACAAGACAUAUAUGAGAGAAUUUUAUCCUCACUUUACCUUCCAUUCCAAUUCUUUCUGUACUGGGUAGAGUAGCACAAGUCACCGAUGCAUCUGGGUUAUAUAAGUAACAGGUCUAUGAAAAUGAUAAGCUUGGCUGUUUGUGGAUAAACGAAUAGUGAAAAAGUGGAUGAAUGUACAAAUUAAUAAACAAAUCUUUACUUUUAGGAUUCGAGACCAUAAAUGUCAUGAUUCAUCACAUUCUCUGAUGCAUUAUGUAUUUAUUUAUUUUUUUUCCUCAGUUGCUUUAGAGCAUUUCUCAGAUAUGGACUACUCAAAACACUUCAUUUAGUCACUAGUGCACAUCAUAAAAGCAAUUUUUGUUCCUUUAAAAAAUGCUUUGGUACAUUCAUUAACGGAUUUUGGACAAUUGCCUGCUGUUUCCUACAUUAUUAGUUUGUCAUUUUGAUCAAAAUAUAUUAUAUUGGUUUCACCUGAAUAGUCUUUUUGAAAAUGGACGAACAAGAAACAGUGUAAACUAUUACAGUACAGUAAAAGUGUGAAUCCUGUUUGGUCUCUUUCAAAUCAAUAUAAAUCAAAUAUAUGAUCAUAAAUAUAUUUGUGCUGUUGAAAUUCAUCUGCCAUACAGUAGAAACUUUGUGGAUUUUCAAUUAAUCAUUGUAGUUUAUAUCAAGAAAUCCUGAAACUGUGCACCGUCAUACUGACAUCACAACAUUUUGACGAUCUUGUUUGUGAACAAUGACAAAAGGACUUAUUAUAAAGGCAAUGAGAUGUUCAUUGACAAAUACUUACUUUAAACAGAUGAACUAAAGAUUUUAAGAAAAGUACAGACUUUUGCGAGAAAUUAAAUGUAUUGUGCUGUUUGUACAAAUUGCUUUAAGAAUUUACUUACUGAUUUGCAAAUAUUAAGGAUGAUUCCAGAAACGCUCCAAAGCAAAUGAGAAAAACUAACUUUUCCCUGUACCAAGCGCACACUGUACAGAAUCAUUACACUAAGAGCCCAAAGCGCCAUCUAGUGGUAACAUGUGAAUAAAAAAUAAUGAGCGAGUCUCUUGGAUUAUAGCCAUCUUUAUUAAUGUGACCCUUUUGCACAUCAUGGCUGAGUGCACAGCUUUGGGUGGUACUUCUGUACAACAGUAAUACAUGAGCAGCAAAAGCCUGUCAAAGCCAUUAUCCAUUAACUCUGCUUAGAGGUCAUACACCCCAAAAACUGCACCGUUUUGUAGCUCUAAUUGUGCUUUGCACUGCUGUAGCACAAACGUUUAACUGUUUGAGAU